AUAGCAACAACAUUGUGAGCUAACAGCACACACAGUGUAAGUUAACAGCAUCACACUGUGAGUUAACAGCGCCUCUAAGCAGACGCACUCUUAACAAUAAUACAUAUAAAUAGAUAAAUAUCAAAAUUAAAAGCGCUAAUUCGUUAAAACUCUUAGCGCACGUUAUAAACUAUAUCAAAUAUAAUCAAAUUAAGUACACCGCAAAGGUCAGCUCGAAACGCACUCGUGAUUUACUUGUGAGACGCAAAAUUGCACAUUGCAAUAACCCCACUCCAAAAAUAGGAAAACAGCUGCAGCAUUUUGGUUUCUAAAACCCUAAAAACAAACUAGUGUGAGAUCAAAUCAAGAUGCAAAACAAUCCCAGUCCACAGUUGCCCUGCAAGGGCAUUUUAAAGACUUCGCGCAGCUUUGACAAGUCGGGCGCCAGUUUUCGCAAAAGUGCCAAGUUUGAUGAGCUGAAUGUGCUGCAAACGUUUCAUCCGGCCGAUAAGGAUUAUGGCCAUAUGAAAAUCGAUGAGCCAAAAACACCAUACAACUACACGGAACAGGGGCCGAACAGGGACGAACUGGACACCGAGCUGCUGGUGGAGAAACUACGCAUUGCGGCCACCUCACAACAGUCUUCCCAAAGCAUUGACGACGAAGGUUCUUCCGGCGAUGACCAGCCCCUCAGCGAAGAGGAGCGACAACGACGUCGUGAAUUCGAGCGGCGUCGCAAGGCGCAUUAUCGUGAAUUCGAGGCUGUGAAAUUGGCGCGCAAGCUGAUACAGGAGGAGGAUGACUUUGAUGUUGAUAAUGAUGCAGCUCCUUCGGCUUCUGGGUCAGCUCAGGGCACCGCCUCCACUUCCAGCAGCUCGAAACAAGAGUCGAGUCCAAAAGCCACAACAUCCGCGUCCGCCAGUGCCAUUGCCCGUGCAAAUGCCCCGAGCAGCAGCAUCAGCAAUAUGGAUCUGGAGCCAACUCAGAAUUAAAAGCAAUAUGCAACUCAAGAUGUACACGGGGCUCGGCUCUUAACUGACUUUGUUUGUUGAUGUUAAUGUUGUGCGCGAAACUUAAUUGAAUUCUACUGUCGUGAUGAAUUGAAUUUAAACUUAUCAGGCCAAGGUUCAAUCGUAUAUAUAUAUAUUUCAAUUUAGCAGCCUUCGCUAAAAUGUGCUUUCCAUCAAAGAAUACGAAGAAAAACAAAAUUCGAGCAACUUGUAGCUAUAUUUUACAACAAUGAUUGCACAUGAUAAUUAAUACAUAUGUAUGAGUAAAUAUGAAAAUUUGUAGUGUUAUAUUAUGUAGUUAAUGUCUAUAGAUCUGAUUUUUUCCAAUUGAAUAACAUUAUAACUAAACUAUUUGUCCGACCUCCUCCAACGCAUAACGCAUUCAUUUGCAUUUAAUUUUCAAUAAGUGGAAAUUUAAUUUCUAAACACCUACACACAAAAGUGCCACAAACAUAAAAAUAAUAACAAUAACAAUAAUAAUACGAAACAGAAGAAUAUGGAGAAGUAAGCGUAACGAGAAAAACUACAAGGUGGAAAACUUGUUGGUAAAAUUGUGAAUGAGAUGAAAUGAAAAUUGAUUUGGCCUUACUUUUAGUUAUUUAUUAAACCAAUAUGUGCGAUUUACUAUUACUAUUAUAAUUACGAAUACGAUUAUUAUUGUGAAUAUAAUAGUUUUUAGCGAUGCAAAAACGAAAGUUUCAAUAAAGAGCAAUGUGAAAUCCUUUGUAAAAACCCAAUAACCCAAAAACCAA